AUGCAGUUCGUGGACGCCACCUUCAUUAAACUUUUUGAGGCUGACUAUAUCAAAUACACACCGUCACGAAGAGAUGAUAUAUCGAAAGAAGAAGAGGAUUACAAGAGAUCUAAAGGAGUUAGAUUCAUUAUUGAUGUAUCCCAACAUUUACAACUUCCUCAAAUAGCGAUUGCAACGGCUGCCACCUUCUUACAUCGAUUUUAUAUGCGAAAAAGUUUCAAAGAAUUCCAUCAUUAUGAUAUCGGUGGGACUUGUGUAUUCAUGGCAUGCAAAACAGAAGAAGUUUCCCGAAAAAUGAAAGAGGUGGCGAUAGCAUGCGCGAAAUCUGCCAGAAAGGAUAAACAUCUAAAAGACGAAAAGGAAUUUGAUAAAUGGCAUCAUACAAUUACAAAAAGGGAACCGACCAUAGCAGCUACUUUAUGCUUUGAUCUUAGUGUGGAGCACCCAUAUAAGCCUUUGGUCGAGUUUUUUAGAGGGUCGAAAGGCUCAAAAGUGGGCUACGAGGGGGAAGAUCUUGAAAAUUUAUUCGGUAGCGCCUGGGCAUUUAUUAAUGAUAGCUUCCUUACGACAACUCCAGUUUUAUAUAAGCCCAAUGUUAUAGCUAGUGCAGUAAUUUUCAUUGCAUCAAAGCUAUGGGGUGUACAAUUGAACGUCGAAGAGAAGUGGUGGAAAAAAACGAAAUCUAGCGUCUAUGACAUUGCAGAGGCAGUGGAUGACAUAUUAGAAAUCUAUAAACUCUGUAAGCCCAGAGUCGUCAAGAAGAAAGAGAUCGUUGAAAAUCCGGAUGAUUCCGGAAACCCGUUGGAAAACACAGAAAUUGAAAAUACAGUAACAGUCUCCCAUAAUUCGGAAAUUAGUAAUUCCGAGAUUCAAACUCCAAAAAUAGAAAGCCCUGAUAUCAAAGUUGAACAGUCAAAUCAGGAUCAGCCAAUGGAUGAUGAAUUAGAGGAUGGACAGAUUACAGAUGAUGAAAAAACCAAGGAAGCAGAAGAGACAGGGCAGGAAGUUAAUGGAGAUGUUGAGAUGGAUUUGGAAGCUAACAACGAUAACAAAGUUUGA